AUGGAAAAAAAUCUUAAAAACACCGUUAAGAAACUAGAAAAAAGUUUCAACAGUAUAACAGCUUUAAUACAGAACCAGCUUGGAGUAGUCAAAAAAGAUCUAACGACUGUGGGAGAACAGAUCAGGAAAGUUGAUAGCGAAUUCCAGGCUCUAGGGAAAGACUUACAGAUUUACCCAUUUUUUGUAGAAAAUAAAUGGCACAAGUAUAAUGGACACUGUUACUAUUACAGUUCUGACACACAAAACUGGUUCGAUGCUGAGAGAAAAUGCAGGGAGAUUAAUGGUUAUAUUGCUCAGAUUGGUGACAAACAAGAGAAUGACAAAAUAUAUGCAGGCAGACCAAGAAGAGGCUAUUUCCGGAUAGGACUUACGGAUUUGAAUGAGGGUGAAUUUCGAUGGACUAUUGAUCAAACCAAAGCUACUUAUCUACCAUGGAAUCAUAGUUAUGGACCAGCUUGGAUUAGUGACGCUCUUAGUAAUGUAGGAGAAAAUAUUAAGAAGGUUGACAGCGUUUUCCAGCUUCUCAGAAAAGAUUUGCAAGAAAACACGUGGCACAAAUACAAUGGACACUGUUACUACUACAGUUCUGACAAACAAAACUGGUUUAAUGCUGAGGUUUGA